AUGGCAAAUGAUGUAGAGGAAAAUCCUGGACCCACAACAUGUGAUGUGGUUGAUCCAACUAAAACAAUAUGUGCUGAUUUUAGUCAGGGAAAUACAAAAAAGUUUCAACAAAAUGCUGGUAAACAAUGUUUAGCAAUGUCUUUGACUGCGAUAAUAUAUAGUCAUAUCACAAAUGCAAAUGCAUGGGAUUCAACUGUAUUAAAUUCCAUAUUGUGUGCUGGAAAUAAUCUUUAUUCUUUUAUAAGCAAUUCUGUUAAUAAAAGCUAUUUGCUUUUGAUUGAUGUGCCUGAAAUGGUUUCGGUUUUUGAUGGCAUUUAUUGUAUGCAAUAUGGUGACCCGUUUGCUGGUGACUUAUUCAUGGAAAACACCACUCUACCUUAUUAUUCUAUGGAGGGUGCUCUUAAUAAUCUGUUCACAGAAGCUCAUUUAAAUUAUCAACAUUGUAUGUUGACGAUUGGUUGUAAUACUGUUGCAAUUUUUAAGACUUCUGAAGGAACCUUUAAAGUAUUUGAUUCUCAUUCAAGAGAUUUAUAUGGGAUCCCACACCCUUUUGGAAAAUGCAUAUUAGCAUCUGUUGAUAGUGUAGAAAACCUGGUGAUAUAUUUCCAGAGUACUGUACCUCCGGGUAAUGAAACACCCUUUGAAGUUAAAGGGGUAACUGUUCAGUUAAAUUCUGAUAUAACACAAAUAAGUGGACUUGCUUCAAGCAAAAGUGCAAAAGAGCAUGUAAAACAAAAGUUUUCAGCAGAAACUGAACAUGAGAAACAAAGCAGACUGCAAAAUGCUAGAAAGUAUAAAAAAGCAAAGCAAGCAGCAGAAACCGAAAUUGAGAAACAAACUAGACUAGGAAAUGCUAGGGUGUAUCGAAAAGCAAAACGAGCUUUAGAAACUGAACAUGAGAAACAAAGCAGACUGCAAAAUGCUAGAAAUUAUAAAAAAGCAAAGCAAGCAGCAGAAACCGAAACUCGGAAACAAACUAGACUUGAAAAUGCUAGGGAGUAUCGAAAAGCAAAACAAGCUUCAGAAACUGAACAUGAGAAACAAACUACACUUGGAGAUGUUAGAAAUCACCAAAGUGCUAAUCAGAACAAGAGAAAACGUUUGUGUGCUUCUACUCAAAUUAUAAAUCAGCAGGAUUAUUUAAACAAAUUUGACAUUGAAAAAGAUGGUAGUAUUCAUGAACAGAGUUGGGCAAAAAAUAACAUUAAUAAAUUUUCUAAAUCUAUUGAAUUCUUUAUUAAUCAGUGCACUAUAUGUCAAGAAGCAUGGCCACUGAACUCUAAACCAAGGUCACCUAAUUGUUAUAUAUGCCCUCGAUGUGCUCGAGACACAAAAUCUCCUAGAAAGUUUUCACUUGAAAAUUCAAUGAUUCCUUCUCCAGUGCCAACCGAGUUACAAAAUUUAACUCAAGUAGAGGAAAUGUUGAUUGCUCGUGCUCUUCCUAUCAUGAGAGUUUACAUAACACCUGGUGGACAACGAGGUUACUCAGGUCAUUGUGUUAAUUUGCCACAAAAUGUUAAGGAACUUGCAACAUCAUUGCCAAGAUAUCCCAAAGAUUUGUCUGUGAUUAUUGUCAAAGUCAAGGGUAAAGAUAACUCAUUUAGAGAUGUAUCUGUGAGAAGAGAAAAAGUACAUAAUGCAUUAUUAUGGCUUGUGCAAAAUAAUCCUCAUUAUGCUGAAUUAGAAAUUAAUGAAAAUGCACUUAACUCUUUACCUGAAAAUGGCAUUCCAGCAGAUCUCAUGACUGUUGAGACUGAAAAUGAAAUAAUCUCAAAUGAUGAUGUUAUGUCAGAUUUAGGUCCACCCACUGAAAACCCUUCUGAAGAUAUAGUUUAUAACAACUCAACAGACAUGAAUAGUUUUUUGCCUGUUGGUGAACAGCAGGAACAAGAAGUAGAAGCAGUUAGAAACCAGCUUUCUGCAAAUGAACCAAUGCCAUGGCCCACUAUUGAAAGUGAACCUUUGAAUGAAUAUCAGAUAACAUCUGGCCACUAUGGCUUUUCCAACAUUAUUUCCUGA